AUGGCUCAAACACACCCCGCCUCCACUACCACCCCGCUAUAUCUGACCGGAAACAAGGCCGGUCUGCGCGAGUUCCUGGAUAAGUUCGACGUCUUCCUGUUCGACUGCGAUGGUGUGCUAUGGUCUGGAGAUCACUGCUUCCCCGGAACGGUCGAAACCCUGGAAUUGCUACGGAAGAAUGGCAAGCAAGUCGUCUUCGUUACAAAUAACAGUACCAAGUCGCGCGCCGAUUAUCGCAAGAAACUAGAGGGUCUCGGUAUUCCCAGCAAUGUGGAAGAGAUCUUCUCCUCCUCAUACAGCUCCUCGAUAUACAUCUCCCGCAUACUCCAACUCCCCUCAAACAAGCGCAAAGUCUACGUGAUCGGCGAAUCAGGCAUUGAACAAGAACUCCGCACCGAGAACGUUCCCUUCAUCGGCGGCACAGACCCAGCCUACCGUCGCGACGUAGAACCAGAAGACUACAAGCGCAUCGCCGCAGGGGACCCCACCCUCCUCGACCCGGAAGUCGGCGUCGUCCUGGUCGGACUGGACUUCCACCUAAACUACCUCAAACUAGCACUAGCAUACCACUACGUGAAACGCGGCGCCAUCUUCCUCGCCACGAACAUCGACUCCACACUCCCGAAUUCCGGCACUCUCUUCCCCGGAGCGGGAUCUAUGAGUGCGCCUCUUAUUAUGAUGCUCGGUCAAGAUCCCGUCGCACUGGGUAAACCCAGCCAGGCCAUGAUGGAUGCCAUCGAGGGGAAAUUCAAGUUUGAUCGUAGUCGCGCGUGUAUGGUUGGUGAUCGGGCUAAUACUGAUAUUCGGUUUGGGCUGGAGGGUAAUCUGGGGGGGACGUUGGGUGUUCUUACGGGUGUGAGUUCGAAGGAGGAUUUUGUUGAUGGGCCUGUGAGGCCUUUGGCUUAUUUGGAUAAACUUUCGGAUUUGUUGGCGCUGGAGCAGUGA